AUGCUCUUGCAACCGAUCCUCGCAUGCUCUCGCAGCUUCUUGCCUCCCAAGAGGUUCAUGCUGGUGUGGAUUCAAGGUCCGCUCAUAUCGAGCUUGGCCGAAUACGUUCUCAUGCAUGGCCUCAGGGUGUUCCUUCAGGUGCUCCGUCAGGUGCUUUGUCAGGUAUUCCUUCAGGUGUUCCUUCAGUUGCUCAACCAGGUGCUCUUCCCAGUGCUCCCUCAGUUGUUCCUUCAAGUGUUCCUUCAGUUGCUCAACCAGGUGCUCCUCCCAGCGCUCCUUCAGUUCUUCGUUCAGGAGGAGGAGGAGGAGGAGGAGGAGGAGGAGGAGGAGGAGGAGGAGGAGGAGGAGGAGGAGGAGGAGGAGGAGGAGGAGGAGGAGGAGGAGGAGGAGGAGGAGGAGGAGGAGGAGGAGGAGGAGGAGGAGGAGGAGGAGGAGGAGGAGGAGGAGGAGGAGGAGGAGGAGGAGGAGGAGGAGGAGGAGGAGGAGGAGGAGGAGGAGGAGGAGGAGGAGGAGGAGGAGGAGGAGGAGGAGGAGGAGGAGGAGGAGGAGGAGGAGGAGGAGGAGGAGGAGGAGGAGGGUGCGGGAGUGAGGGGCAGUGCAGCAGCAAGUUUUGAGGCGCCUCAAAGCUCGGGGGUGAGUGGCAGUGCAAGGAUGAGGGGAAGUGCGGGGGUGAGUGGCAGUGAGGGGGUGAGUGGCAGUGCGGGGGUGAGUGGCAGUGUGGGGGUGAGUGGCAGUGGGGGGGUGAGUGGCAGUGUGGGGGUGAGUGGCAGUGUGGGGGUGAGUGGCAGUGUGGGGGUGAGUGGCAGUGUGGGGGUGAGUGGCAGUGUGGGGGUGAGUGGCAGUGUGGGGGUGAGUGGCAGUGUGGGGGUGAGUGGCAGUGUGGGGGUGAGUGGCAGUGCAGGGGUGAGUGGAAGUGUGGCAGGGAGUGGCAGUGCGAGGAUGAGGGGGAGUGCAGCAGCGCAUGGCACGCCAUGGCAACGCCUCCACGCCUGCUUCUCCACCUCCUCCCCUUUGCACACCCUCCUCGCUCCCCAACCUCCCGCUCCCCAACCUCCCGCUCCCCUACCUCCCGCUACCCAACCUCCCGCUCCCCAACCUCCCGCUCCCCAACCUCCCGCUACCCAACCUCCCGCUUCCCAACCUCCCGCUACCCAACCUCUUGCUGCUCCCCAAGCUUUCUCUCCCCAAACUCUCGCUGUUGAUCCAGCCUCUGUCUCCCAAGCCAAUUACCCUCCUUCCAACCAGCCUACUGCCACCCACCCACCCGCCACCCACCCUCCCGCCAACAACUCUCCUGCCAACCACCCUCGCACCAAGCACCCGCCCACCAACCGCCCGCCCACCAACCGCCCGCCCACCAACCACCCGCCCACCAACCGCCCGCCCCCGAACCACCCUCCCGCCAACCUCCCUCCCGCCAACCAUUCGCAUUUUAACCACGCUCCCGCCGACCACCUUGCUCCCAACCACUCUUCUUCACUCAUGAAAUCGGCCCAAACCCCCGCUGUGCCCCCUUCACUAUUCGCGCCCCUCUCUGCUGCUGCCAUCAUCGCUGCAGCUGCGGCUGCUGUUGCCGCUUCUGCUUCUGGUGGAGCCUCUCCCCUCUCAGCCCCUGAUCUUACCCUCCCUCCCCCCACUCUUCCUCCACCACCUCCCCCUCGUCCUCCUCCUUCCCUCCCAGUCAUAUCACAAACCCUCUCCUCCCCUCUCUUCCCAGGUGUUAGUGCUGCUGCGUGUGCCUCUGCGAGCCUUUCCGACACCGUCUCACCACAGCACCUGCCCCCAUCGUCGCGCCCACAUGCCUUGCCCUUUCCACCUGCGCUUCCUGCCUCUGCUGUAGCACCACCUCUAACACCUGCCGUACCCACUGCACCACUGCCAACCCCUGCCACACCCCCUGCUGCAGCACCAAUUCCCACUCCCACCACACCCCCUUCUGUAGCCCCGGCAGCAGCACUGCCAGGUGCCACCCUCCCAGUGGACAGUCUGCUGAGAGCAGCCGGUGUGAUGGACAGCAUGAGAGCAGCCGCAGUCAACCCAGCCAGCACAGUUAACCCGGCAGCAGCAAGAGCUAUGGAAGUACCUGGAGCAGCAUUUGGGGCGGGAAUCAGGGCAGAAGUUGGUGCAGCAGUUGCAGGAGCAGUUGGGGGAGCAUCUGGGUCAUCCGUUUGA